CUCCGGGCUAGGUCAUCGGCGGGAGUGCUACGGGUGCCGCGAGGGAGCGAGCGCGCAUCUUCGCUCUCAUCACCGCGAGGCGCGGCUGCGGCGCUAGCGAGAGCCCCGCGCCUCCUGAGCCUGCCGCCUUGGACCCGUGCUUUCUCCUUUCCUGCCCUUUCCUGAGGGAGUACCCAUCCCUUCACCCCACGCCUGGGAGCAGCCUGGGGACUAUAAACUGAAAAUGGAAAACCAAGAACCAGCAGAUUCUUCUCAAAAUACCAAACAGUUUAUUAUAUCAGAGGAGUUAAUUUCAGAAGGAAAAUGGGUCAAGCUUGAAAAAACAACUUACAGAGAUCCUACUGGUAAAACAAGAACUUGGGAAACUGUGAAGCGGACAACCAGGAAAGGACAGUCAGCUGACGGAGUGGCGAUCAUCCCCGUGCUGCAAAGAACCCUUCACUAUGAAUGUCUCAUUCUGGUGAAGCAGUUCCGACCACCGAUGGGAGGCUACUGCCUAGAGUUCCCCGCGGGUCUCAUCGAUGAGAAUGAGAGCCCGGAAGCAGCUGCUCUUCGGGAGCUUGAGGAGGAAACUGGCUACAAAGGCGACGUUGCCGAAUGUUCCCCAGCUGUCUGUAUGGACCCAGGCUUGUCGAACUGCACCACACACAUCGUGACUGUGACUAUCAAUGGAGACGAUGCCGAAAACGUGAGGCCUAGGCCAAAGCCAGGAGAUGGAGAAUUUGUGGAAGUAAUUUCCUUACCAAAGAAUGACCUGCUGAAGAGACUUGAAGCACUGGUAGCUGAAGAACAUCUGACAGUGGAUGCCAGAGUCUACUCCUACGCUCUGGCGCUGAAACAUGCAAACACAAAGCCGUUUGAAGUGCCCUUCCUGAAGUUUUAAGGCCAAAGGACAGUGGCCGUGUUUUUGUAACAAGGACACAGGCCACCUUCAUUAAAACUUUGUAUUUAGCUUAGUUUCAGUGGAGAUUUGAAAGUAGCUUUUUCAUAAAAUAAAAGCAGCACAGAAUGCAUCUGGUGGUAUGGAAUUGUAAUUAGAUAGGCUAUAGCCUUUAUUUAGAUGCUAGACUCCAGCAAAUAUUAACAAAAAAGAACAAAUGCAAGUAUGUUUAAUCCAGCUUUAAAGAAAAAAGAAAGCUCAGCUGUUACUUUUCUAAUCUGAUCCAAGUGAUAUGAUAUUUUUACAGGAAAAUAGUCCUGAAUUCCAAAUUAGGUCAACUCUUCCCAGCCCCCAGUAAAAAAUAUGUAGCUAGGUAUGCAAAUAACCAUUUAUGUUAUCAGACCUACAUCGGAACUUUCUUGGCCUCGCCUAAUUGAAUUAUCUGUUAUAUGGAAUUGAUCUGUGUAGCAGAGAAUGUAAAAUAGAGAAUAACAUCGGUGACAAGCAGGUGCUUCCAGUUAGCUAGUGUCCUUACAGCCACCUAACUCCUGGAGGGUGAUCAGCUCUCAUGUAAUGAAAAAUGGUCAAUUUGUUCACUGCAUCAAGGCUUAAGAGGCUAAAGAAAAUCCAGGGCCCUUCCCUCAAGUAAGUGUAUAUGCUUUAGAAUCUCAUUUCUUAUCCUUACCUCAAAAAGUACUUGAAGUUUCUAAAAACCAAAUCCAAGUAAUAAGAUUUACAUGGUGUGGGGCACUGUCUUGGUAUUAAACCAUAAGUGUAGCCAGCACAGUUAGCAAGUGCCAGAAACCCAAUACAGACUUCCUUAAAGGAAAAUAUGGAGUGUUUCUGGCUCACACCAUGUGCAAUUCCCCACCCUCCCAAUUCCUCAAGGUCCACCAGUGUCACUGGCCAUUUUCUUACCUGCUGGGUGUGGCUGUUGUGUGGACCUCUGGCUUCCAGCUCUGGGAUUACUUCAGUGUAGAAGUCUCUGGAUGAUUUUCAUUGGCUACCCUUAAGUCAUGUUUCCAGCCCUGAACCCAGGGGUUAGCCAGGCCCCCCAGAACCAGGUAAGAUCAGGGGGUUAAUGCCAAAAAGGCUGCAGUACAGUUUGUAUGUCUACAGGUUCACUGUCUUACCUAGAGAUAUUUUUAUGAGCAAAAAUAGAUCUGUAUAUUGUUACUUCCUACACAAGAAUAGAAUUAUGGAACUAGAGAACGGUAUAGAUCAUAUCUACUCUCCCUGUGAAUACUGUGAAAAUUCAGUCCCAACUGUUGCUUUAACAGUAGCCCUCCCCUGCACCUCUUAACAGAGUCCUUGUUUUUAAUCGUGGGCAUCAUGAUUCUCCAGCAAUUGUAAUCCUUUUCCCUGAUCUCUCAAGGCCCUUGAUACUACUCUCCAUCGAAAUCAGGAGGUGCUGAGGCAUACCGAAAAUACACAGGCUCAAGCACUGCCAGUCUCCAAACAGACCAACUCUUGCAAAACCACUCCCCGUGGCACUUGAUAAGGCUACUCUGAAAUCCUGCUGGAGGCGAGAGAUCUGUACCCUCUGCCUGUCCUCUCUGCCUUCUUUUCCUAAGAGUGCAGUUCUGGGAUGACAGCUAAAUCCUAGAACACCCCCUAAUGUCAGUUAUGUUCCCUGUAAAUAUCAAAGGCUAUGCUUUGGAAAUUCGGGCAGUUUGAGAACUGGCAGUCUGGAUGUUUUCACUGGCUGGCCUUAUUAGUUAUCAGUGUUUAAGCACUGAAGGUUUAUUAUUAAAAGCUGUAUUUCUACCUUCUUUGGGGAAAAACAGCUGUAACACUGGGUCACAUUUCCAUGGUAACAAUGGUCUGAGGCUUCAGGAGAUGCCCUCCAGUGGACAUGGCUACUCUCCUGUCUGCUUGUGUUUUCUCUGCCUUGCUCCUGAAAUUAGCUGGCUUUGUGAUCCUAAGCUAAAUAAGAUACACUUCCUACACUUAACUAAGAAAGUAAACAAUAAUAGAAAACCAUACUAAUGAAAAGGAUUUCUUUGAAAAAUUACGUUUGAUCUUUUUUGGGCAAUAAAGCACAUACUUUAAAAAAAUGAAUUAGGGAGUUUCCUGGUCGGGGAACUAAGAUCCUACAAGCCACACGGUGAGGCCAAAUAUAUAUAUAUAUAUAUAUAUAUAUAUAUAUA